CGCGUCUCUUGCUUUGUGUGCGUGUUGUCGUUCCCGCGGCUCGUGCGCUGCGUUUCCCCUAAACUCCGUCUCCUCGUGCCCGCGCGGCCCCGUGACCCUCCGGGGGGGCUCCGGUGUCCGGUAGCUGCUCGUGCUCGGCCUCCGCGUGCUAACCGGGACGCUUCCGGUCGCACGCUUCCUCUGGAGCAGCUAACGGUUAGCAUCCCGGCUAACCGGGGACGCGGCACGCAGCCGCCAUUUUGGUGCGUUCAGGUCCCCUCCGGACAACAAAGGUAAACAAGCGGCUCUGAAAGACCGAGACGUUCUUCUGAUCCUGAGAUCUUCUUCAGGACACAAAGACUCAACAGCUUCUCUCAGGUUUGUCAUCAUGGAGGGCAUCGAUGAGUACAUGUACAUCUGGCAGCGGCGGAUCCACCACGGCGUUCGGUACCAGAAGAGCUCCGUCCCGUUUCCAGAGUCGGUUGAAAUCGGGCUGGAGUUCAACGCGGCGUUGGAGAGGAAGGAGAAGCUGGACCUCAGUCUGCUGACCAACGGCGUGAUGCUGGAGCUUUGCGACUUCGCCAAAACGGUGACCAAGUCCGAGACGUACUUCUUGUUCGAAAUGCUGGAGUUCAACUUCGACCUCGGCGUGGACGUGGACGACGACUGCCAGUGCUACGAGUACGCCCGCCGCACGCACGGCAAGAUCAAGCAGCUGAGGGAGCAGAUCAAGUUGAAACCUCGCAGAUGGAAAGACGCGUUUCCUCUCCCGGACCUCAGCGUCGUGGUGGGGUCCGCCGGGUCCCAGCAGCCGGGACGCUACUACCCCAAAAGAAACAAGACGGUGGACAGUUCGGUCCUCUCCGACGGCAGCAAGAGCAGCCAGUCAGCAGAGCAGCAGAGGACGGAGACGACCGGGUCGGCGUUCGUUGUGAAGAAACGGGGAGGCGUCCUGGUGAAGCUCACCGCCGAUGCGUUCCCGUUCUGUAAAGACCUCGGCGUGUCGCUGGUGGUCCGACCGGACGACGCAAACGGAGAGAAACUGAACCCGAACCUGGUGACCAACGGGGUGAUGCUGGAGCUGCUCGACUUCUCCAGAGUGCUCUGUGGAACGCACACCGGCAUCGUCCUCGACCUGGUCGAGCAGAACUUCGGUCACAGGUUGGAUAAUACGCUGUUUCGCCUUCAAGUUAGCAAAGUGAUGGACAGGAAGUACUCCUGCCUGACCGCCGAGGACAGGGACGCCUUCAGGAAGGAGGAGUUCAGAGUCCAGACCCAGAAACGGGAACAGAAGCGUAAGAGAAGCGACCCAGAUUACGAAGAACCUGAAGGACCGACGACGUCAAGGAAGAGAAGGCUGAGUCUCAGGGACGAGGACGCCAAAGACGUUAACGAGGAUGGCGACCUCUCCUACAUGUGUCCCGUUGAGUUUGAGACGGACAUGCAGUCGGAGUCGGAGGUCGGAGCGGAAGAAGUGAAGGUUGAAAGUUGUUUGUCAGAAACAAAAGAUGUAAAGCAGGAAGAAGAGGAGGUGUUUGUCUCUCCUCAGGUCCCUGACAUCGGCCCUCGUCCGAUUCCCGUCCGUCUAAAGAACCCGUCUCUAAACGCCGUCUCAGAUCUGUUUUCUGAGGAUAGAAAUGAGGACGUGAAUGUAAAAACAGAGAAACAGAAGCUGUGGGUGAGACGAGCGACUCGCUCCAAACAGAUCCUGAAGUCCAGCAGAGUCAAUGACUUGUUCGCCAGCUGCAGAGACAGAGGUCUGGACUUCAACGUCGGCUCAGGAAACAGACAGAACGUGGAUCUGCAACUGUUCACAAACUGUGUGUUGUGGGAGGUUUAUAAAUUCGCAACGGCGAUGACGAAGAGUUUACGUAGUUUCUUAGUGGAGAUUCUGGACAACAACUUCAACCUCGUCCUCCAAGAUGAGCUGCAUCAGCGGAAUUUUAUAUUUUACAUGAUAACAAAAGAAAAGGUCCUUCAGAACCACCCUAACGGAGGGAAAGCGGAGUUCCUCAAGAGCCCCUUUCAGUUCCCUGACGUUUACAACAUGGUGGAUGUGACCAGCAAUUUUCAAAAUGGACAGGAAGUUGAGACGGAGCAGCAGACGGAGUUAGACCUGCCGGCUACGAGCCAGGAGCCACAUCCGUACUGUAAGAAGAUCGGCCUCGACCUUUGGUCCACAGAAGGACGUCCGUUGAGCCAGAAGCUGGAUCUGACGGUCCUGACCACCGGCGCCGUGCUCGAGCUGUUCACCUUCAUCAGAGAGUUGUGCGGCUCCGUCCGCGAGACGGUGAAUGACGUCCUGGAGCACAACUUUGAUCUGGAUCUGCAGAGUGCAGCGACGGAGGCCUCGCAGGUGAUCCACAGGUGGUACACCACCCAGAAAAGCCUGAUGAAGAGGCAGACUCCGUCACCAAAGAUAAGCCGCUGGUUAAACACGCUCGUCCCGCUGAACAGUCACUCGGAGAUCGAUCCAGAACCACCGGCUGCCAACGGCUCCGAGGAUCUGGUGUCGGAAACAGAUGUUCUGAACGGAGAGGUGGAGCCGGAGGAGGAAAAGGUCCACAGCUAUCACUUCUGCGAACAGAUCGGAUUGGACCUCGACGUCGUCUCCAAACGAAAAGCCAAAACAAAACUGGACCUGCGAGUCCUAACGAGGGGCGUCCUCUUUGAGAUGCACCGGUACGUGGCGAGGAACUGCAACCGAUACGUUCCCGCUCUGUACGAGAUUCUGGAGUACAACUUCGACCUGAGCUCCCAGAAACACCGGAAGGUGGAGUUCGCCUGGGCCGUCGCGUCGCAGGUCGUCACCAUAGCGGGAAAGAACGGCAGGAAGGGAGAUUAUCUGAGCAGAGCCAUCCAGCUGCCCGUCCAUGUGUCCGAGUCCUCGCAGGGCGUCUGUAAAGAAGAACCGGAGGACGGCUUCACAGAACCGGACCUCAACGACAACAACGACAUCGUGUUUGUCCAAGAGCUGAAGCCUGUUGACAUCGAAGUGGUGAUAGAUUAGAGUCACUAUUAAUGUUAUUAUCAUCAAGAAUCACAGAAGAUCAGAAUCAGACUUUUUCAACCUUCAGUUUACCAUCAUGAGACUUUUAACAAGCUACAACAUAAUGUUGUUACAGAAACAAUCAAUUAUGAAAACAGCUGAUAUUAUUUGUCUGUUAGUCAAUCUGUUCAUUAAAAUAUAUAUAUAUAUAUAUAUAUAUAUAUAUAUAUAUAUAUAUAUAUAUAUAAAAAAAUCUGUAAACUAAAGUCGAAUCAACACUAAACCUUGUGAAGCCGCUGCAUUAAUACGCCGACGACUGAACGUUGUUUCUCUACAUCAGCUGUAAAUAUUCUGGAGAUGAGACGUGUUCACUGUGUUUUAAUACAACAGAAAUCAAUAAGUAGCUCUAACUUACAUAAUGUCUGUUUUAGAAAGUGACCAAUAAAACUGAUAACUAAACAGAUAAAGAUCUGAGAGGUUAUUAACAAUCAAUAUUAAUAAUGAGUAAUCCGAUGAAAAAAAUAUAUUUUUAAUAAUUUGUUCUAUAAAAUGUCAGAAGUGGUUGAAAAAUAUCGUUAAAACAUCCAUCAGUGACGUAUCACAGUCUAUUUUAUUACAGUAACAGUCAGAAGCACAAAUGUAGAAAUUUGACAAAAUGACUUAUUGAUCAACUUAUCAUUGAUACUGUAGCAAUCGAUAACGGCUGACGAGUGACACAUCUAGCUUUUCCUUGUCUCUGUUGGAGCCGCACAUGCUCAGUAGAGAUCAGGCAGACAGGAGAGGAAGUGGACGUAGUCGUCGUGGCGUCUCGUGAUUAUGGACGGAUAGUUUGAUGCCUCUCGCUCGGCGAUUGUGGCGUUGCCAUCUUGUUGUUUUUUUUGCAACCAGUGAACAGGAAGUGACCAUAUUUGGAUGUAAACUGUUUUGUAUUAUGUUUUGUAAUUAAAGUGUCCUUAAUCACA